AUGGUGACUUGCACGCGUCUUUACGCGGCUGACAUAGUGUUCCUGCUGGACGGCUCCUCUUCUAUUGGCCGCAACAACUUCCGAGAAGUCCGCGGCUUCCUAGAAGGGCUGGUGCUGCCUUUCUCUGGGGCAGUCGGUGCUCAGGGCGUGCGCUUUGCCGCGGUGCAGUACAGCGACGACCCACAGACAGAAUUCAGCCUGGAUGCACUUGGCUCAGGGGGAGAUACAAUCCGUGCCAUCCGUGAGCUCACCUACAAGGGGGGCAACACACGCACUGGAGCUGCGAUUCUCCAUGUGGCUGACCGCAUCUUCCUGCCCCAGCUAGCCCGACCUGGUAUCCCCAAGGUCUGCAUCCUGAUCACAGAUGGGAAGUCCCAGGACUUUGUGGACACAGCUGCCCAGAGGCUAAAGGGGCAGGGGGUGAAGCUGUUUGCUGUGGGGAUCAAGAAUGCUGACCCUGAGGAGCUGAAACGAGUUGCUUCACAGCCAACCAGUGAUUUCUUCUUCUUCGUCAAUGACUUCAGCAUCUUAAGGACGCUACUGCCCCUCGUUUCCCGCCAAGUGUGCACGACCGUGGGUGGUGUGCCUGUGACCCUGCCCUCUGAUGAUGUGACCUCUGGCCCACGGGACUUGGUGCUGUCUGAGGAGGAGAGUCAAUCCCUACGAGUACAGUGGACGGCAGCCAGUGGCCCUGUGACUGGCUACAAGGUCCAGUACACUCCUCUGACAGGACUGGGGCAGCCAUUGCCAAGCGAGCGGCGGGAGGUGAGUGUUCCAGCUGGUGAGACCAGCAUGCGGCUGCAGGGCCUCCGGCCACUGACCGAGUACCAGGUGACUGUGAUUGCUCUCUAUGCCAACAGCAUCGGGGAGGCUGUGAGCGGGACAGCUCGGACCACUUCCCUAGAGAGGCCAGAGCUGACUGUCCAGAACACCACAACCCACAGCCUCCUGGUGGCCUGGCGUAGUGUGCCAGGUGCCACUGGCUACCGUGUGGCAUGGCGGGUCCUUAGUGGUGGGGCUGCAGAGCAGCAGGAGCUGGGCUCUGGGCAGCGGUCAGUGUUGCUGCGUGGCCUGGAGCCUGGCACAGACUAUGAGGUGACGGUGAGCACACUGCAUGGCCGUAGUGUGGGGCCUGCCACCACCCUGACUGCCCGUACUGACACCUCCAUUGAGCAGACCCUGCACCCAGUCAUUCUGGGCCCCACAUCCAUUCUGCUGUCCUGGAACCUGGUGCCUGAGGCCCGAGGCUACCGACUGGAAUGGCGGCGCGAGAGCGGCUUAGAGCCAACAAAGAAAGUGGAGCUUCCUGCUGAUGUAACCCGCUACCAGUUGGAAGGGCUGCAGCAGGCACUGAGUAUCGCCUCACACUCUACACUCUGCUGGAGGGCCGUGAGGUGGCACACCUGCAGCUGUGGUCCCCACUGGGCCAGAGCUGCCCGUGGGCCUUGUGACGGACCUACAAGCAGUCGAGCUGCCUGGGCAGCGGUGCGAGUGUCCUGGAGCCCAGUCCCCAGUGCCACUGAGUACCGUAUCACUGUGCGCAGCACCCAGGGGGUUGAGAGGACCCUGGUGCUUCCUGGGAGUCAGACCACCUUCGACUUGGAUGAUGUCCGGGCAGGACUUAGCUACACUGUGCGGGUGUCUGCUCGAGUGGGCACCCGCGAGGGUGCUGCCAGCAUCCUCACUGUCCGCCGUGAGCUGGAAACCACGCUUGCCAUCCCAGGGCUGCGGGUCGUGGCAUCAGAUGCGACGCGAGUAAGGGUGGCCUGGGGACCUGUUCCUGGAGCCAGUGGAUUUCGAAUCAGCUGGAGGACAGGCAGUGGUCAGUGUGGAGUGUGUGGGAGGGUUGCUGAGGGGAAUAGUCAUGGUGCAGGGACUGAGGAGGCAGGCAGGAGCCCAGGCCAAUUCUUUCUCCUGACUCUAGGUCCAGAGUCCAGCCAGACCUUGUCUCCAGGCUCUACUGUCACAGACAUCACGGGGCUGCAGCCUGGGACCUCCUACCAGGUGGCUGUGUUGGCACUGCGUGGCAGAGAGGAAGGUCCCCCUGUGGUCAUCGUGGCUCGAACUGACCCACUGGGCCCAGUGAGGACAGUUGACGUGACUCAGUCUGGCAGCUCAUCUGUCACCAUCACCUGGACCAGAGUUCCUGGAGCCACAGGAUACAGAGUCUCCUGGCACUCAGGCCACGGCCCAGAGAAAUCCCAGCUGGUCUCUGGGGAGGCCACGGUGGCUGAGCUGGAUGGGCUGAAACCGGAUACAGAGUACACAGUGCACGUGAGGGCCCACAUGGCUGGUGUGGAUGGGCCCCCCGCCUCUGUGGUUGUUAGGACCGCCCCUGAGCCCGUGGGUAGAGUGUCAAAGCUGCAGAUUCUCAAGGCUUCCAGCGAUGUUCUGCGAGUUACCUGGGUGGGCGUCGCUGGAGCCACAAACUACAGACUCUCCUGGGGCCGGAGUGAGGGUGGCCCUACAAGAGACCAGAUACUCCCAGGAAACACGGACUCCGCAGAGAUCCGGGGCCUCGAAGGCGGCGUCAGCUACUCGGUUCGCGUGACUGCGCUUGUCGGGGAUCGGGAGGGCGCGCCAGUCUCCAUUGUCGUCACCACACCACCUGAGGCUCCGCUGUCCCUGAGGACCCUUCGCGUAGUGCAACGCGGAGAGCACUCGCUGAGGCUGCGCUGGGAGCCAGUGCCCGAGGCGCGCGGCUUCCGUCUGCGCUGGCGACCGGAGGGUGGCCAGGAGCAGUUCCAGGAACUGGGCCCCGAGCUCAGCAGCUACCACCUGGAUGGUUUGGAACCAGGGACCCUGUACCACGUGUGGCUGAGUGUCCUGGGGCCGGCUGGAGAAGGGCCCCCCACAGAGGUGACUGCGAACACAGAGUCACCUCGCGUCCCAAGCACUGACCUGCGUGUGGUGGACACCUCGAUAGAUUCAGUGACUCUGGCCUGGACCCCAGUGUCUGGGGCAUCCAGCUACAUUUUGUCCUGGCGGCCACUCAGAGGCUCUGGUCAGGAGCUGCCUGGGACCCCACAGACACUGCCGGGGAUCUCAAACUCCCAGCGGGUGACAGGGCUAGAGCCUGGUGUCUCCUACAUCUUCUCCCUGACACCUGUCCAGGGAGGUAUGCAGGGCCCUGAGGCUUCUGUCACACAGAGCUCAGGGUGUCCCCACGGCCUGAUGGACGUGGUAUUCCUACUGCACGCCACUCGGGACAAUGCUCAUCGUUCAGAGGCUGUGAGGAGGGUCCUUGAGCGUCUGGUGUCUGCACUUGGGCCCCUUGGGCCACAGGCAGUCCAGGUUGGCCUCCUGUCCUACAGUCACCGGCCCUCCCCACUGUUCCCGCUGAACAGCUCCCAUGAUCUUGGCAUCAUCCUGCAGAAGAUCCGUGACAUCCCUUACAUGGACCCAAGUGGGAACAACCUGGGUGCUGCCGUGGUGACAACUCACAGGCAUCUGUUGGCACCAGAUGCUCCUGGGCGCCGCCAGCAUGUCCCAGGGAUGAUGGUUCUGUUAGUGGAUGAGCCCUUGAGAGGCGACAUCUUUGGCUCCAUCCGUGAAGCCCAGGCUGCUGGGCUCAACGUGAUGAUAUUGGGCCUGGCGGGAGCUGACCGAGAGCAGCUGCGUCGCUUGGUACCAGGCAUGGACCCCGUCCAGACUUUCUUUGCCGUGAAUGACGGUCCAAGCCUGGACCGGGCAGUCAGUGAUUUGGCAACAGCCUUGUGUCAGGCAGCCUCAGGCACCCAGCCACAGCCAGGGCCUUGCACGGUUCAUUGUCCAAAGGGCCAGAAGGGAGAACCUGGAGAGACAGGCCUGACAGGACAAGCUGGGCCCCCUGGGCCCCCCGGCCUCCCGGGCAGGACUGGGGCUCCAGGCCCCCAGGGCCCUCCUGGAAGCAUCACUGCAAAGGGCGAGAGGGGCUUUCCUGGAGCAGAUGGACCUCCAGGCAGCCCUGGCCGCCCUGGAACUCCUGGGAACCCUGGGCCAAAGGGCUCUCCAGGUUGGCCUGGCCCUCGUGGAGAAACGGGAGAGCGAGGGCUUCGAGGCCCAAAAGGAGAGCCAGGAGAGCCUGGAAAAAUCAUUGGAGGAGAGGUCCCAGGGCUUCCUGGACCAAAAGGAAACCCUGGACCUUCAGGCCCCCCUGGACCUCGUGGCCCACUGGGCGACCCAGGACCCCGUGGUCCCCCAGGACCUCCUGGGGCAUCCUUGAAGGGUGACAAAGGAGAUCGUGGGGAACGGGGCCCCCCUGGACCAGGUUAUGGUGGCACUAGUACAGGGGAGCCAGGGCUGCCGGGCCUUCCUGGAAGUCCUGGACCUCAAGGCCCAGCUGGCCCCCCUGGAGAGAAAGGAGAGAAGGGUGACAGUGAGGAUGGUGCCCCAGGUCUUACAGGACCACCUGGGACCCCGGGUCAGCGGGGUCUACAGGGACUUCCUGGAGAUGCUGGCCCUAAAGGUGACCGAGGGCUACCAGGGAACGUGGGUGAGCCUGGAGAAAAGGGCGAACGUGGACCCCCUGGCCCAGCGGGGCCCCAGGGCCUGCCGGGUGUUGCAGGGCGUCCUGGACUUGAGGGUCCUGAGGGGCCACCAGGACCCACUGGCCGCCGAGGAGAAAAGGGGGAGCCUGGUCCCCCUGGGGACCCUGCAGUGGUGGGACCUAUUGGUGCUGGAGCCAAAGGAGAGAAGGGAGAAGUGGGGCUCACUGGGCCCAGAGGAGCUCCUGGAGUCAAAGGGGAGCGGGGACCACCUGGAUUGGUUCUUCCUGGAGACCCUGGCCCCAAGGGAGAUCCUGGAGAGAGGGGUCCCAUUGGCCUCACUGGGAGAGCAGGACCCCCAGGUGACUCAGGGCCUCCUGGAGAGAAAGGAGACCCUGGGCGGCCUGGACCCCCAGGACCUGUUGGCCCCCGAGGACGAGAUGGUGAAGUUGGAGAGAAAGGUGAUGAGGGCCUUCCGGGUGACCCAGGUUUGCCUGGAAAAGCUGGCGAGCGUGGCCUUCGGGGGACACCUGGAGCUCGGGGGCCUGUGGGAGAGAAGGGAGACCAGGGAGAUCCUGGAGAGGAUGGACGAAAUGGCAGUCCUGGACCCUCUGGACCCAAGGGUGACCGUGGGGAACCAGGUCCCCCAGGACCCCCUGGACGGCUGGUAGACACGGGGCUUGGAGCCAGGGAGAAGGGAGAGCCUGGGGACCGUGGACAGGAGGGUCCUCGAGGACCCAAGGGUGACCCUGGGCCCCCUGGGCCCCCCGGGGAGAGGGGCAUCGAAGGACUUCGGGGGCUUCCGGGCCCACAGGGAGAUACAGGUGUCCGAGGCCCAGCAGGAGAAAAGGGGGACCGGGGCCCUCCUGGGCUGGAUGGCCGGAACGGACUGGAUGGGAAACCAGGAGCUGCUGGCCCCCCUGGGCUGCAAGGCACUACAGGCAAAGCCGGGGACCCAGGGAGAGACGGGCUUCCGGGCCUCCGAGGAGAACAGGGUCCCCCUGGCCCCCCAGGACCUCCUGGAGCACUGGGCAAGCCAGGAGAGGAUGGCAAACCUGGCCUGAAUGGGAAAAACGGAGAAGCCGGGGACCCUGGAGAAGACGGGAGGAAGGGAGAGAAGGGAGAUUCAGGUGCCCCUGGGAGAGACGGUUAUGAUGGCCCCAAGGGUGAGCGUGGAGCUCCUGGUAGCCCUGGACUCCAGGGCCCCCCAGGCCUCCCGGGGCAGAUUGGCCCCUCUGGCCAGGGUUUUCCUGGUGUCCCAGGAAAUGUGGGCCCUAAGGGUGACCGUGGAGAGACUGGAUCCAAAGGAGAACAGGGCCCGCCUGGAGAGCGUGGCCUGAGAGGAGAACCUGGGAGCAUAGCGAAUGUGGAGCGGUCACUGGAGGCAGUUGGCAUCAAGAUGUCUGCUCUGCGGGAGAUUGUGGACACCUGGGAUGAGAGCUCCGGCAGCUUCCUGCCUGUGCCUGAGCGGCGUCGUGGCCCCAAGGGGGAGCCAGGAGAGCGGGGACCCUUGGGCAAGGAGGGCCCCAUCGGCUUUCCUGGAGAACGUGGGCUGAAGGGAGAUCGUGGAGACCCUGGACCUCAGGGCCCACCAGGCCUGGCCCUUGGGGAGAGGGGCCUCCCUGGGCCUCCCGGCCUUGCCGGGGAGCCUGGAAAACCUGGUAUUCCUGGACUCCCAGGUCGGGCUGGGAGUGUGGGGGAAGCAGGAAGGCCAGGAGAGAGGGGAGAACGGGGAGAGAAAGGAGAGCGUGGAGAACAGGGCAGAGAUGGCCCUCCCGGCCUUCCUGGACCCCCCGGCCCCCCUGGCCCCAAGGUGACUGUGGACGAGCCAGGUCCUGGACUGUAUGAAAAACAAGGACCCCCUGGACUCAAGGGCGCCAAGGGGGAGCCAGGCAAUGAUGGUGACCGAGGCCCCAAAGGAGACAGGGGCUUACCAGGCGUCAAGGGAGACCGGGGAGAGUCUGGAGAGAGGGGUCUUGCUGGCAGCCAGGGUCUACCAGGAGAGCGGGGCGUGGCUGGGCCUGAAGGGAAGCCGGGCCUGCAGGGUGAGAGAGGAGCCCCUGGCCCCACGGGUGGCCGUGGAGACCCUGGACCGCCGGGUGCCCCAGGUCUCGCUGGCCCUGCUGGCCCCCAGGGACCUUCUGGCCUGAAGGGGGAGCCUGGAGAGACAGGACCACCAGGACGGGGCGUGCCUGGACCUAUUGGGGCUGUGGGACUGCCUGGUCCCCCUGGCCCUUCAGGCCUUGUGGGACCACAGGGAGCACCGGGUUUGCCUGGACAAGUGGGGGAGACAGGGAAGCCGGGAGCCCCAGGUCGAGAUGGUGCCAGUGGAAAAGAUGGAGACAGAGGAGCCCCUGGUGUGCCGGGGCCACCAGGUCUGCCCGGCCUUGUCGGACCCAAAGGAGAGUCUGGACCCAUGGGGGCCCCUGGACAGGCAGUGGUCGGGCCCCCUGGAGCAAAGGGAGAGAAGGGAGCCCCUGGAGGCCUUGCCGGAGACCUGGUGGGUGAGCCGGGAGCCAAAGGUGAUCGAGGACUGCCAGGGCCACGGGGGGAGAAGGGUGAUGCCGGCCGUGCAGGGGAACCUGGAGACCCUGGGGAAGACGGUCAGAAAGGGGCUCCAGGACUGAAGGGUCAGAAGGGGGACCCAGGAGUUGGAAUCCAGGGCCCCCCUGGGCCAGCUGGUCUUCCAGGUAUAAAGGGAGACUUGGGCCUCCCUGGGCCCCCUGGCGCUCCUGGUGUCGUUGGGUUCCCUGGUCAGACAGGCCCUCGAGGAGAGAUGGGUCAGCCAGGCCCCAGCGGAGAGCGGGGACUGGCAGGCCUUCCUGGGAGAGAAGGAGCCCCAGGCCCUUUGGGGCCACCUGGACCCCCGGGGUCAGUGGGAGCAUCCGGGGCCCCUGGACUCAAAGGAGACAAGGGAGACCCUGGAGCAGGCCUGCCCGGAGCCCGAGGCGAGCGUGGGGAGCCAGGUGUCCGGGGUGAAGAUGGCCGGCCCGGCCAGGAGGGACCCCGAGGACUUAUGGGGCCCCCAGGCAGCCGCGGGGAGCGUGGGGAGAAGGGUGACACUGGAACCGCAGGGCUAAAGGGUGACAAGGGUGACUCAGCCAUGAUUGUGGGGCCUCCGGGACCACGGGGUGCCAAAGGGGACACGGGUGAACGAGGGCCUCAGGGCAUAGAUGGUGACAAAGGACCUCGGGGAGACAGCGGGAUCCCUGGAGAAAAGGGCAUCAAGGGGGAGCCUGGUGACAAGGGCUCAGCAGGAUCGCUGGGAGCGCGUGGACUCACGGGACCCAAGGGCGAGCCUGGUGUUGCAGGGAUUCCUGGUGACCUGGGACCUCCAGGAAAGGAUGGAGCCCCUGGUGUCCAAGGAGACAAAGGAGAUGCUGGCUUCAUCGGUCCCCGGGGCCUCAAGGGGGAACGGGGAGUGAAGGGCGCCUGUGGCCAGGAUGGAGAGAAGGGAGACAAGGGAGAAACUGGUUCCCCAGGCCGCCCUGGGCUAGCAGGACGCAAAGGAGAGAUGGGGGAGCCAGGUAUGCCCGGCCAGUCGGGGACUCCCGGAAAGGAGGGCCUGAUCGGUCCCAAGGGCGACCGAGGCUUUGAUGGGCAGCCAGGACCCAAGGGUGACCAGGGAGAGAAAGGGGAGCGGGGGCCCCCAGGAACUGGGGGCUUCCCGGGCCCUAAAGGCAGUGAUGGCUCCAGUGGUCCACCUGGGCCACCUGGCAGUGUUGGUCCCAAAGGUCCUGAAGGACUUCAGGGCCAGAAGGGUGAGCGAGGACCCCCUGGAGAGAGCGUGGUGGGGGCCCCUGGAGCCCCUGGGGCCCCUGGUGAGAGGGGAGAGCAGGGGCUGCCGGGGCCCGCUGGUCCCCGUGGUGAAAAAGGAGAAGCUGCACUGACUGAGGAUGACAUUCGGGGCUUUGUGCGUCAGGAGAUGAGUCAGCAUUGUGCUUGCCAGGGUCAGUUCAUCACAUCUGGAUCACGGCCCCUCCCUAGUUAUGCUGCAGACACCGCCGGCCCCCGGCCUCACCGUGUGCCCGUGCUCCGGGUCUCUCAUGCAGAGGAAGAAGGUCGGCUGCCCCCCGAGGAUGACGAGUACUCAGAGUACUCUGAGUAUUCUGUGGAUGAAUACGAGGACCUUGAGGCUCUCUGGGAAGGUGAUGAUUCCUGCUCGCUACCACUGGAUGAGGGCUCCUGUACUGCCUACACUCUGCGCUGGUAUCACCGGGCUGUGGCAGGUGGCCCGGGAGCCUGUCGCCCCUUCGUCUACGGCGGCUGUGGAGGCAAUGCCAACCGUUUCGGGACCCGUGAAGCUUGUGAGCUCCGCUGCCUGCCCCGAGUGGUCCAGAGCCAGGGAACAGGUGCUGCCCAGAGCUGAGGCCCAGACGAUGAGCUGAAGUUCAGCAUCCCCCGGAGGAGUCUGGGUCCCAGCAAGGCCCCACGGUCCCUCCCCUUGGUGCUAGAGGCCUGUGUGCACGUGAGCGUGCACGUGCGUGUCCGUUA